GAUACGGAUCCUGAGGGAGGUCAAAAGUCUCUGGCGCUUUUCAAGCGUGCUCGCUUCUUCUUUGGCUGCUCCCAGCCAUGAGUUCGCGGGUGCGCACAGAGCCCCUGCGUGGGGACCCGCCGCUGUCGAUCCCAGGGGACCCCUACUCGGUGAUAGUGCUGCUGCGGGGCUACUCGGAGCCGCAGGGGACCGGGGGCGCGCAGAGGGCGGACGGCUCCGUGACGCUGGUGCUGCCCACAGCGUGGGAGCCGCGGGACGCGCGUGGGGACCCCGCGGGGCUGGACACGCAGGCCGCCCUGGAGCAGGCGGGCUCGGGCCCCGUACUAGUGGACACGGGAGGGCCCUGGGCCCGAGACGCCCUGCUGGCCGCUUUGGCCGCGCACGGCGUGGCCCCGGACGCCGUGACCCUCGUGGUGGGCACCCACGGCCACUCGGACCACGUGGGCAGCCUGGGGCUGUUCCCGCGUGCCGCGCUCCUCGUCUCCCACGACUUCUGCCUCCCGGGGGGCCUCUACAUGCCCCACGGGCUGAGCGAGGCGUGCCCGCUGCGCCUCGGCCCGGGCCUCGAGGUGUGGGCCACGCCCGGCCACGCGGGGCUCGGUGACGUCAGCGUGGCGGUAGCUGGCACCUCCUUGGGCACAGUCGUAGCGGCGGGAGACGUGUUCGAGCGGGAGGACGACGGCGACACGUGGCGGCAGCUCAGCGAGGACCCCAGAGCCCAGGAGCGCAGCAGGCAGAGGGUGCUGGCGGCUGCCGACGUCGUGGUGCCCGGGCAUGGCGGACCUUUCAAGGUCUUUAGAGAGCCGGGAGACCGCGCAGGGGACUGACCUGGGAGCGGGGGGGUUGCAAGCACAGUCUCAGGACCUGCUGCUGAAGAGGGAGCCGUGCCUGGCCCAAGAAGCCUCCCAGGGCUAGACCAGCCAGAUCAUCUCUGAAGAACCCCCUACCCCCCGGGGCCGUGCUGAAAACACCCCUGGACCACUGUCAGUGCUGCUGAGACUUCCGUGGCCAAUCUCUGUUUUGGGAGAGGGAAAUCUAACCACUUUCACCCCCGUCUCUUAAGUCUCAUUUUCCUCUCCUCGGAAAUGACGGGAAUACUUAACUGUGAACAUCAGAGGAAAUAAAAGAUAGAAAAGUGUUAUCCAAAUGUAGUGCCCUAAGCAAAUGUCAGAUAUUCAUGUUGGCAAGUCAUAAUACAUGACUGAGAAAAUCUGAGCCUUUUUUCACCUACUUAGAUUCAAGGUUGCAGCUGUGAGAGAGAGUAAGUGGGUAUGCGUCCUCAACAUCAGGGUGCUAGUUUUUCAAAUAUAUUUCUAUCCUUGUCUUUUGUUUUUGCAUUGACUAAAUACCUCCCAGUUAAAGAGAGCCUCCCAUGGAACAAAGUUUUUUUUUUUUAAAGAAGAAAGAGCAAAACUGACAAAAAAUCUGACAACAUAUAUAAGAUACCCAUGAAGCUCUUCCCUCCCCCCACCCCCAACCUCUCUAAAGGGCUUGGAGGGAAGUGUCUUCUCAUAUCUCUCUGCUGGGACCAAGUUUAGACUUUGUAAUUUUCCCUGUGUUCCAUUUUUCAUUGUUUUCUAAUUACUUUUCUUUCCAUUUACAUUGUGUAUAGUCUUGGUUCUCUAUAUCACUGUAUCCAUUCAUGUAAAUUUUUCAAUGCUUCUCAGUAUUCAUA